AUGCUUCAAUUGCAGAGCUGGCUACGGUACUGCACUCUGUGCUUCUUUUUCACCUUUUCUCUGACCUCCGCCCGAUUCCGCUCGACCAGUGCAGCGUUGCGGGUGCAGGGUGGAAGCUUGACUUUUGGGGGCGAAGGUUCGCCGUUUGAAGCCAAUCCGCAUUACAGUCCAUCCCCUCGGCAAUAUGGCAAGCGUCCGAUGUUACUGGGAGACGUCCCGGAUCCUUCGGAACCCAACAACGGGGGAUUUUAUAUCGAAGCACAAACAUUCACGUACACCAACAAACCGAUGUCACUACUGGAGCGAUUCCAGCGGUAUGCCUCAACGCUGCAUGAAAGCAGUCCGUCAGUGUCGAUUGUUAGCUGGGCUAGCUUGGCAGUCUUCAUGCUUUGGAGAGUCCCAGCCGUACGGCCUAUUUUGCAGAAACAUUUCGUGGUCAACAGACUAAACUUACAAAGCGGUCGAUUGCUCACGCUGUUUCUCUCUUCCGUUUCCCACAUUGGCUUCUAUCAUCUUGCCGUUAAUAUAGCGGCACUAUUAUCUCUGGGACCAGUCGUCCAGCGAAUGUUGUUCAGCCAAUCACGAUGGCCACUCUGGCCUCUUAUAGUUGGAGCCGCAAGUGUCAGUUCAGUCGCCUUUCUGGCUUUGGACCGAAGCGGCCAAGGAAGUUGUUUGGGACUGUCCGGAGUGACAGUCGCUCUAUUGGCAGUAUUCGCAAGAAUGUAUCCCACUCAUGUAUUGGGCAUCUUGUUGGCUGGUGUGAUUCCUAUACGCUUGCAAGCGAGCCAAUUGCUGCAGCUCGUGUUCAUCUGGAGCUUGUUUGGUAGCGUUGCCCAGAUACAUUCCCAAGUGGCCCAUUCGGCCCACCUUGGAGGCAUUCUGUUUGGACUGGCGUACUGCGAAGUCUGGAAACGUCGAUUUUUCCUGCGACCAUACAUUGCGCAAUUUCUCGUCCGGUUCCGGAGGAAACACAGGCGAUUGUAA